GGGUCCUGGGAUUGGCCAGGGCCGGUCAUGUGGACCUGUAGCCGUGAACAUGAACUUUUAUCAUUUCCCAUGUGGUUAUAUUGCACCAGUCUUUCGGCCACCGCACCUUGGGUAGGAUCAGUGUCUCCUCCAGGGCUCCUCUCUGCUGUCCUGUGCUUUGUCAGGGGUAGGAGCUCCUCAUCCACGGCCAUGGAGAAGAAGGCAAAAGGAGAAUGGAGGAGAGAUAGAGGGAGAGGAGAGGAGGAGGAUGCAGGAGGAGAGUCCAGGAGCCGCACAGCUCUGCUGCAUUUCUCACACAGGAACUUGCCCCAUUUUGCAGACAAAUGACAGAAAUCUAAAAGCAAUCACAAGACAGACAGGAGAAUGGACGGAGCUCACCCUGGUGCCAUAUCACCUGCCCUACAAAGCAAAUCUGUGUGGACCUUCUGUUGGGAGCUAAAAAAAAAAAAAAAAAAAAAAAAAGGUGAAGGCGUCCUGGAUCCCCAAGAGAGUCACAAGUGCAACCAGAGACUUUUUUUUCUUUUUUCUUUUUUUUUUCUUCUUCUUUUUACACUUUGGAAAAGUUCUGCAAACAUGGCCUGGAAAUUAGAAGUUGUGAGAGCAGAUUCCAGGAUCGCUCAAGGCAGCUUCUCUUGUCCCUUAUUGUUGAAGUUUCAUAUCUAUUGGACAGGACUUUUAAUCUGGUUGCCUUCAACAAACACAAGGGAUAUCCGUGCCAGGUAACUGCGGGGUGCCAAUGUUAUUCUGUAAGGGUGGGGACACCCUCCGAGUAGGUGACAACACGUUUUGGGGAUCCAGGAGAUGCAGAAAGCAUCCUACUAUGACAACCCCACUCUCUUUGGAGGCUACUCGUACCAGGCAGCCGGUCUGGGUUAUGAAGGGCCACAGCAAUCUUUUGCAACAUCCCACCUCGACAAUGAUUUCCAGCGUUCAUCUUGUUCCUUGCAAUCCCUGGGACACAAUGGCCCAUUGGCCAAACCUAAAAACAUAAAUGGAAGCUGCAUGAGACCCAACCUGGCACCUGAACACCACCAGGCCUCUUCUCUGUCCCCACAACCUAAUGCCACUACAACUCCCAGCAACACCAGCAGCAGCAGCAGUGUCCAGCCUGGAGCCAAGUCCUCAUCGGUAAAAACACAGGUCCCUUCCAAUACAACCAGCAAACAGAUCUUCCCAUGGAUGAAGGAGUCCAGGCAAAACUCCAAGCAAAAAUCCAGCCCCCCUGUCACAGCGACAGAGAGCUGCAGUGGUGACAGGAGCCCCCCGGGUUCCUCUGCUUCGAAGAGAGCGCGGACGGCCUACACCAGUGCGCAGCUUGUGGAGCUGGAGAAGGAGUUCCACUUUAAUCGCUACCUGUGCAGACCCAGGAGGGUGGAAAUGGCCAAUCUGCUGAACCUCAGCGAGAGGCAAAUCAAGAUCUGGUUCCAGAAUCGCAGAAUGAAGUAUAAGAAGGACCAAAAGGUAAAAGGGAUGUCAUCAUCCUCAGGAGGACCCUCACCAACUAGCACUCCACCUCUGAGCAUGCAAUCCUCUGCAGGCUUCCUGGGAUCCAUGCACUCAAUGACUGCAAAUUUUGAGGCCCCUUCCCCACCUCCCUUUAAUAACAAACCCCACCAAAAUGCCUACUACCAGACCCCAGCAAAAGGUUGCCCUUCCCAACAAAAGUAUGGAAACACAGAGUAUGACCACCAUGGCUUACAAGGAAAUGGAGCCAACUAUGUCUCUCCUAGUAUGCAGGGGAGCCCAGUGUAUGUUGGGGGGAACUAUGUGGAUUCUGUGCCAGCACAAGGCCCUUCUAUGUAUGGUCUUAACCACCUUGCACACCAGCCCACUAACAUGGACUAUAGUGGCACCCCUUCCAUGCCAACCAACCAGCACCAUGCACCUUGUGAACCCCACCCAACUUACACAGAGCUCUCAUCGCAUCAUCAGGGAAGGAUCCAGGAAGCCCCAAAACUGACCCAUUUGUGAUUGAAUUAUGACAUAUUUUUGACUGUAGGGGGCGCUCAGAGAAGGCACUGCCUAGGGAUCAACAAGAAGCAUUUGUGCUGAUCUGUUAUUGCUGUCU